GUGGACUAUCUGUGAGUGCCAAACAAUGUUUACCAUAUUAUACAAGCUAAAGUGACACAGUCAUGAACAAGUCUUGGUCCAUUGGAUGGCAAGCCAUGGUUAUCAUUAUAAUUCUCCUUUAUGUUAUGACUACCUUCAAUAUCUCUACCAACUGGUUAUAUCUCCACUCUACAUUCGUCAAUGAACAGAAUUUCUGGACCAAAUCUCUGUCCUACAUCCAUGCUACUAGUGGAAAUUUAACAGUGGGGACUGAUACUACAGGUACUCUCUGUACUAUCCUUACAGACACUGCCAUGAUUUGGUGCUGUUGGGUGGUUUGGGGGCAGAGGUGGCUGACUGUUGUACUUCCUACUCUUUUUCUUGUCUGUGCAAUUGGUGAAUCAGGGGGUGGACUCAGAGCUUACCACCAUGUCAUUGAGGUCUUAGUUGAAUCAUUGGCUCUUUACUCCAUAUCCUUGAUUUUAUACCUGGCCUCCUUUACUCAAAAUGGCAUGACACUCUUCUACUUUGAUAUCCUAGCAGGGAUCACAAGGGGAAUUUCUCCAACACUUCUUGUUGGACAUGUUGUAGCAGGUGAAGCUCACCCAAAUGAAUCUUGGCAGGGAAGUGUGAUGUCAGGAUCCCUCCACUUUGGGACACAUUCUGGGAGCCAGAGCUCUCAGGAGGAUAGCAUAACAAGUGAUGAUCUUGAAGCCCCACAGGAGAUAGAUGACAACUAUGUCCAUCACACUCUGGUUGACUCUCAGAAAAGUGGCACCAUUCAUGAGGAUGAUCCUGAGGCCCAACAAUUUCACACAUUGAGGGAGUCUCAGGAAGAUACUGGUAUUGGUACCACCAUUCCUGAGAAGGCCCAGUUGGAGAAACCAGAAGACAGUCAUCAUGGUGAUGAGAAGGUCAUUUGUGGGGAUGGCCUUGAAGCUCAGGGAAAGGAGUUGACAGGCUCCAAAGAAUAUGUGCCUGGGGAUGGAUCCAAGGCCAAGUGGAAGAGAGAUGACAAGGAAGAAGAGUGCCUCUACACAUGUUAG